CGUCCACACUUCUCUCCUGUACAUACUGCCCAUUGUCAUACCCUCCACAGUCUUCUCUUGUACAUACUGCCCACUGUCAUACCCUCUGCAGUCAUCUCCUGUAUAUACUGCUCAAUGUCAUACUCUCCACUCUCCUCUCCUGUACAUACUGCCCACUGUCAUAUCCUCUGCAGUCAUCUCCUGUAUAUACUGCUCAAUGUCAUACCCUCCACUCUCCUCUCCUGUACAUACUGCCCACUGUCAAACCCUCUCCAGUCCUCUCUUGUACAUACUGCCUCACUGUUAUACCCUCCACACUCCUCUCCUGUACAUACUGCCCACUGUCAUACCCCCCACACUCCUCUCCUGUACAUACUACCCACUGUCAUA